ACAAAAUGGCGGUGUAAACAGAAAAAAAUAUGAUGUCAGAUAACGGUGUCAGAUGAGUUUGCUUUUGAAUUUUCGUUGUUUUUUCCCUAAAACAAGUGGAUAAAGUUUACAAUAAGAUGUUGGAUCUUGAAGUAGUGCCCGAGCGCUCUCUUGGUAACGAAGAAUGGGAAUUUGUUCUAGGAAUGCCAGUGUCACAGUGCGUUCAGAUUUUAAAACGACAAUGUAUGGUAAUAAAGUCUGUGCAAGUUAUUUACAGCGAAGCGAAUCCUUUGGCAGUUGAUCUUAUCCUAAACCUGCCUAAUGAUGGAAUUCGUUUGAAAUUUGAUUCAUCAGUUCAACGGCUCAAGGUCAUUGAGGUGUAUCAGAUGAACAAAGUGAAGUUGAAAUAUUGUGGUGUACAUUUUAACUCCCCUCAACUUGGACCAACCAUUGAUCAGAUUGACCAAUCAUUUGGUGCUACUCAUCCAGGAGUAUAUGAUUCAAGUCAUCAGUUAUUUGUGCUGAAUUUCAGAGGUGUUUCAUUCACCUUUCCAAUUGACUCAAAGUUUGAGCCACAUUAUGUCCACGGUCUUGGUUCUCUCCAGUUUUCCUCUGGCGACUCCCCGGUUGUGUCCAGAAUGAGCAUUUACAACGGCAACAGUCUAUCAAGCAAAACAAAGGCGCCUUCUCUUCCGAUUACGUGUUUUUAUGGAAAUUGUUAUGCAGAAUCUCUCAAAGUUCUCAAUUCAUCUGAAGGCAUUACUGGUCUUCAAUUUCAACUUGUUGGUGAAGGAAAUGAAUUUGGAAAACCGCACGAGUUGCGUAAGAAAGUGUUGGAAAGAACAAUUUCAUUUGGGGAUACAUGUCAGGAUGUUAUGAGCUGUUUGGGCUCACCGUGUAAAGUUUUUUACAAAGCGGAGGAUAAGAUGCGAAUUCACUCGCCAUAUCCUUACAAACUGGAUCAAUCAAACAGUUCAGACUAUUUUUACAAUUAUUUUACUCUUGGUUUGGAUGUCUUGUUCGAUGCUGACACUCACAAAGUCAAGAAAAUCAUAAUGCACACGAAUUUUCCAGGCCAUUAUAAUUUCAACAUGUAUCAUCGAUGCCAAUUUGCUAUCAAGAUUGACAAAGGAAGAAAGGCGGUACAAGCGGGUGGUAAAGAAGAGAAUGAACAGUUCGAGAUUAAUCCUUGUACAAAGUGGGACUGUGUGCAAAAUUUCUUGGGGAAAACUGUGGAGGCACCGGUCGUUUUGAACAGGUCAUCAACGACUAACACAUCCAAUCCGUUUGGCUCGACAUUUUGCUACAGUCUUCAGCACAUGAUAUUUGAGGUCAUGCAGAACAAUCAUAUCGCUUCCGUCACACUGUACCAAGAGAAGCCUUCAUGUCGCGCGGAAUUUUAAAGCAGAAAUCAGAAAAUCCCUUUAUAAAGCAAAGUAUUAAUAUGGUUUGGGGGACAUUACUUGUAAAUAUAUAUAUAUAUAGAUAUAUGAUAUUUCGAUAAUAU